AUGGACCCACUCAUCGCGAGGCUCUUAUUAUUGGAAGAAAACAAUAAUGACAAUAAUUAUGAGCUACUACCAAUACUAUCAUCCGACAUAAUGACGGCAUCACGAGGCAUUGCUGUGUGGCGUGCGACGUUGUUAAAGGGUCGAUUGCCUACGGCUGUUGAUUUUGGGGGCGCCACGAACGACAUGCGAGAAAUGUGGCCGUCUCCACCCAUUCUCUUGGAAACCGUGACCACCGCCAUGACAACGCUCCAGUUCCCACGCUUUGUUCUACGACAUCCCGAUACCAUCGAUGCCGUCUUGACCAGUCUACUGCAAAUGACCGCACAAUUUAAAAAUAGUGCCAAAGAGCAGCAAGAAUUGCAAGAGCUGCAACGACAGCAACAACGAGAAGAUGUAGAAGAGGACGAGGAAGAGGAUUGGGAUAUUCUACAAGAUCGAUGGACAGAUUAUGAUGAUGAUGACGCAUCAUUAGAAGAAGAAACUGAACAAUCUACCAGUGACCAACAUGCAGAACUCUCCAGUGAAGAACAGGAAGAAUUAGCAAUCAGCAUUGUGGCAGAAGGACUCACGGCACAGUGGGGUGGAGUUAUCAGUGGUGUGCAAGCUCUGGAUCAACUCUUUGGAAUGGAUCAUGGCUUGUUGGACAGCAGCAACAACAAUAAUAAUGCCAAUGGCUUCGGAUUGCACGAUGGAGUGUGGAAGCAUUCUGGAUGGAAAUUGCUCCCAUCACUGCAAAGAGAGAUUGCAGUCAUGCCCGAACUACAUGUACGGGCGCUCAUUCAGCAACUAGGGCGACGCCCCACGGCAGAACAAAGCGAUGCCAUACACAAAUUUGUGCCACGAAAACCCGACCAAGAAGGAGCAUUGGGAGCUCAGUAUGAUCCGACCAUACGGUCCUCCAUUCGAGGCAUUACUCUGUCGGGUAGUUUGUCGGAAAUGCUGCCUUCAGAAGCCAUGCUAUUGGUGGAGAGGAAACAACAACAACAAUCGGAUCGCAAACCCUUGCGACGACUCUUUCUGGCCAAACUGGCCGAAAACAAGUUGUUCAGCUACGAGUCAUCCGGGUGGCAAGAUGUGCCCAGUAUUACCCAUCCAAAGAGUCGUCACCUGACACGUCUCCCGUCGGCACCGGGUGGACCCAUUUUGAUCUGUCUGGAUACCUCGUGGUCCAUGACGGGUCGACGGGAACAACUCUCCAAAGCCGCCGUCUUGGCAUGUGUCGCGGCAGCUCACAAACAAAAACGGGAGGUUCAAGUGGUAGCCUUUUCGUCCCAACGAAAUGUCAUGGAAACGGGACCCAUUACGGCCAAUGUCGCGGGAGUACAACGCUUGCUGGAGUUCUUGUCGUCAUCCUUUGGUGGUGGAACUGAUGUUACCGGGGCCUUGAAACAUGCCAUGAUGACCGUCACAACGUCGUCCUCCCAUGACAAUCAAAGUGACAAGGAGAACAACAAUCCCGCCACAAUCGACGAUAGCAGUGAUAGGAAGACAAUGGCGGCCAGUCUUGAUAUUAUCAAUAGCAUGGCAGCGGCAGAUAUCUUGCUAGUGACGGAUGGAGAAAUUCCGGACCCGCCUGUGUCUCAAGACGUAAUGGAAAAGUUGGAGCGCCUGAAACAACGGGCCGGUGUGCAAGUACAUGGUCUCUUGGUGGGAAAACGAGAGAGCGUUCCGUUGGCAAAGCUUUGCACCCACAUCCAUGACUUUUUGAUUGGGUAUGAUACAGUGAUGCCAGCACCUGCUACUUCAUCAUCUGCGAGGAGAAGUCUGGGAGCUCUGCAAGCAAGGAUUGGCCACUCGCAGUCAACCAGGCAUGGCUCGAGACCUUGGGGGUGGCAUUGCACGUUUCGAGCUCGACGUGGAUUCAUCGACGUGAACAACCGAUGUCAUGGCUCGUUGGCGGCAAAGUUCUCUCGAUACGACGAUGACGAAGAUUGGGGAGGUCGUCGGAAACGCAGGGGUGGCAACGAAAGAAGCUACGAUGUUUAUGACGAGGAUGAUAAGCGGGACGAUGAGUACACUGACCGCAGAUACACUGAUGAUUCGAUACAAGUGAAAGAGAACGAACGAGGGGAACCCAAUGGUGUCGAAACCGAGACACAAAAAGCUAUUGAAAGCCUCCGAGCUUCGGUUGCAGAGACUGUUCGGAAUCAGAGCUGGGAACCGAGCAGUCUGGAUGAGGAAAAGAAUGUCAAGAACUCCUGUUGGCUCUACCGUGGCGAGCUUUACCAAGCCGUCGAAAGAAUCUCGGAAGGCUUAGUUGAGAGAGAGGAAGAGGCUCGACUGGUUGUGCUGGGGAUGGUUGCCGAGGAACACGUUAUUUUACUGGGGCCUCCCGGGACGGCGAAAAGUGUGCUUGGUCGACGUCUAUCGCAACUGUGUGGCGGCACUUUCUUUCAGAGACUGCUUACCAGAUUCACCACACCCGAGGAAAUUUUUGGCCCGCUCUCGCUGCGCGCCCUUGAAAACGAUGAAUACCGGCGCAAGACUGACGGAUUCCUCCCGACAGCCACUGUUGGCUUCCUGGAUGAGAUCUUCAAAGCCAAUUCGGCAAUUCUCAACACUCUUUUGACUAUACUGAACGAGAGGCAAUUCGACAACGGAGCCGGCGUGAGAGAAGAAUGUCCCAUUCGAAGCGUCUUGGGUGCCUCGAACGAGUUGCCAGAGAGUGACGAGCUUGAUGCAUUGUACGAUCGAUUCUUGUUGAGAAAGGAAGUCCUCCCUGUGUCCGAUGAAGGCAUACUGAGGAUGCUUGGCAUGCCACUCCCUGGUUUGUCACCUUGUGAUGCAACGAACUCUUCAACAGAGAUUGCGACAACUUGUGACACAGUCUUCACAGACGAUCUAGACCAACUGAUCAAAACCAUAUCCCUAGCUGCGGACGCUGUGUCGAUGGGCGCUGAGGCGUGCGAAAUGAUGAGAGAUCUGAGAAACUUUAUGCGAGACGAUCUUGAUGUCGAUGUAAGCGACCGUCGUCUGGUGAAAGCCACAAGGCUUUUGAAAGUCAGUGCUGCGUGCCACGGCAGGAAACAGGUGGACCCUCUGGACUGCUUGCUGCUUCAACAUAUUGUAUGGAAGCUACCUGAACAACGAGCCGCUAUCAGGGAAUGGCUUUGGAGCCGUGUUACACCUGGCAGUAGCGGAUUAUCAAUAGCUACGCUGGAAGACGAAUCUCUCGAGUCGGCAGCGGCUUCGUCUGUACGGCAGUUUCGAGUUCUACUGGAUGGCCUACGAAGCCAAUCGUUGGCAGCAGUAAGGAAAACUUCUGGGGAUGUCACUGGGGAAAGUGGCGGUAGGGCCACUGACGUGGAAGUGAUUCAGUCUCUGGCCUUGGAAGCCUCCCGCAUUGGGGCAAUACUACAGCAGCGAUCAGCCGAUUUAGCAAGGCAUGCAGAGCUGCUGCGACGUGCACAAGAUCACUUGUGGCUUGAUCCUGACGAAGCCACAGCGGCAAAGCAACUGCUUCUCCCCAGAGCAGAAGCGUUCUUGCAAGCAAAUGAUCAGGCUUUGGAAGAUGCUCUGUGCUUGGAACGAGCUCUCUCCGGGAAGGAUGAAACUCUUUUGACAGAUGAUGUCCGCCUUUCAAUCAUUGAUGAGCUAUGGAAUGACGAAGGUGAAGCACCACUGUCCUUCUCGAAAGAAGCGUUGGCCAUGACCAUGAGAGAAGCAAAGAGCAAGUACGACAUCGAAACGUUUCGCAAGUGGAAACGAGCCCGAAAGAAAGCGGAAAGUUAG